CGCAGUUCUGUGUUUCUCAUACGUAUGUGCUCCCGUCUACCCCGCCGCCCACUGUACAUCCCAACACGUCCCACUGUGUUCCGUUGUUUCUAUAGUCGCGGGCGGUAAUUCGACGCCACGAUCUGAAACGAUCUCCCGAAUAAUGACGGAUGGGAUGUAGAUCCCCCUCGGGAUUGCGUCGUCACAUCGUGUCAUUUCAUAGCAGACGACGAGGACGACAUAUCGAGUCCCAAUCGCGACGGGCAAUGCAUCCUCGUAUAGGUGAAUCGCGGACUUCAUCACGUCGGUAGAGAUCGCCCGUCGAAACGAGAGAAAUGGAGAUCCUCGGUGACUACGAGUAUAAUCCGAAGGACCUAAUCGGUACGGGCGCCUUCGCUGUGGUCUUCAGGGGCAGACAUCGCAAAAAACCAAAUUUGGUGGUAGCUAUUAAGAGUAUCACAAAGAAGACUUUGGCCAAGUCACAAGACUUGCUGAAGAAGGAGAUCAAAAUUUUAAAAGCAUUAACUAAACUGCAUCAUGAGAAUGUUGUCGCAUUGUAUGAUUGUAAGGAGUCUAAUCAUAAUGUCUUCCUAGUUAUGGAAUAUUGUAAUGGUGGAGAUUUGGGAGAUUAUUUAAAUGCAAAAGGUACUCUUUCCGAGGAUACCAUUAGACUAUUUCUCAAACAGUUGGUCCGUGCAAUGAAAGUAUUGCAUGCCAAAGGGAUAGUUCACAGAGAUCUUAAACCACAGAAUAUUCUAUUGAAUCACAAUUGUGGUAAAGCCUGUCCACAACCACAUGAAAUAACAUUGAAGAUAGCGGAUUUUGGUUUUGCUAGGUUCUUACAAGAAGGCGUGAUGGCUGCAACUUUGUGUGGAUCGCCAAUGUAUAUGGCGCCUGAAGUUAUUAUGUCUCUUCAGUAUGAUGCUAAGGCAGAUCUAUGGUCUAUUGGAACUAUAUUAUAUCAAUGUCUCACUGGAAAGGCACCACAUCCUGCAAAUAAUCCUCAUGCACUCAAGUCGAUUUACGAGAACACUGUCAAUCUUGUCCCUAGUAUACCACCUGGAACAUCGCCUGAGCUGACGAAUCUUUUGAUGGGUCUGUUGAGGCGCGAAGCAACCGAUCGCAUGGAUUUUGAUCAAUUUUUCGGUCACCCAUUCCUCACGGGUAUCCGAGAGAGUCCAAGCCCAAGUCCUGUGCCCACCGAACUGCCGGCGUCGCCGGGAACAAUGGUCAUUCCGAUCGAGGAGGGAACACCAAUUGUCAACAGAUCAGAACCCGAGACAACGGAGACUCCUUGUUCUAGUCCUGAAGAUGACUUCGUUCUUGUCCCAAGCGAUAUCAGCAGCGAUACUGACAAUAAUCCACCGGUCAAGUAUACCAAGCAAGUGAGUAGGGAAGCUGUCAGUCCACCUCGACCCUGCUUAUCGAAAUUGGGCGAAUAUACCAGGCAGACGAGCAGAGAAGCUAUUAGUCCGCCUCGACCAUGCUAUUUGCCAAUCUCCGAGCCGAUUCCUGUCCCGUGUCAACGAAAUACAACGGCUCAGCAACCACCACAAUCUCCUUCGACGAAUGCCGCCCGUUCUGGUGGCAGCAGUGUUGUACCCCGCUCUCAACCGAUUAGCAUGAAACGUAGUGUAGAUUCCCAUAGAAGUCAUCCACCGGAUAUUGGUUCCCUCAGCCCGCCUAGUGUGCAAUUUGUUAUCGGCACUCCUCCUGGCAGAAGGUUGAGCGAGACUCCGCCACCACCUAACACAUGGCAAGUCAGUCCUGUAGCAAGACACUCGCAUACACCGAGUGGAACUUCACCUUUGCGUCGUUCCACGGGAAAUAAUAGCGCUUCUUCGCCGCUGCUCACGGGUCCGCUGGCGGUACUCGGAUCACCUACUUCACGAGCUUUUCAGGACAACAACAACACUCUCAGGCAUUCGCCCGUUAUACCUUUCGGCACCAGGGCCGUCACUCUUCCGGAAAUAUCUGAAGCUGGUAGUUUCCAAAGUCUCUUUCCGGACAUACCACCGACGACAAUCGAUGACCGUCCGUUAACAUUUAUUGCGCCAGAGUUACCAGAAGAAACGCUGAUGGAACGUGAGCACAAUGAAAUUCUAGCCAAGUUGAACUUUGUUGUGGCAUUAUGUGAAUGUGUGUGCGAGGUUGCUAGAUCUAGGGCUGGUCCGCUAGGCAAUAUCGAGCAACCGGCGCCUCUCGGCAGCAUUGAACAGGCUGGCAACGCAGCUACCAGGAAACGUGCUGAACAAGUCAUCCUUCUGGUCCGAGCCCUGCAGUGGCUCAGCUCUGGCCUGAAUCUGGCCACUCAGGAACUCAAAGCUGGAAGGUUGCAACCAACAGCUACAGUGAAAGAAGUUGUCAGUACCAUGAACGAGAAAUUCAAGUCGUGCUUAACGGAAUGCAAGCAACUGAACAGCGUGGGACUUCUUCGUCAAACAGGGACUACAGCGGACAAGAUAUUAUAUAAUCAUGCGAUACACAUGUGUCAAUCAGCAGCAUUGGACGAGCUAUUCGGGAAAGGCGGUGAAUGUUUCCAACGAUAUCAUACAGCGCAAAUAUUAUUGCACUCGUUAGCGCAGCAUGUCAGUCAUAGCCAGGAUCGAGCUCUGCUUAUUAAAUAUAAAGAGGCAGUAGAGAAGCGGUUGUACGUGUUACAACAACAAGGCUACAUUUACGCCACCGAACCUACGUAGCGCUUGUGAAACAUGGCAGCUGAAUGCGGCGGCAACAGCCGUCUAGAAGAAGUCCCGCCUGAGCAGCCGCCCAUAUCAUCGUACUCGAUAUCGCUCUUGUGUAAUAUAUUCUGUCCUAUUCUGUACAAAAGACGAGAUUGAUAUCGAGAUCGCUCUGAAGGCGGAAAUUUUACAAUUCAUGGCUGACAUUUUACCGAGGCUAAUUAAUUCAAAACAAGGCUCCGUAGCUCCACGCGGAAUAGGGUAGACUGAAGAAAAUGAAAGUCUCCCAAUGAUUACCAUCUGUCCCCAUCCAUUCUCUCUCAAAUUACUUUAUAUGAUUUUAUUAAAGCUUAAUAAAAUUAAGAUAUUACACUGUAUAAUGUACGUACAAGUGAUCGAUUAAUUAAUUUUUAUUUCGUAUAUCGAUCGAUAAACAUGUGUAUACUAUAACGGCGUUGUGCGUUCGAUGCAAAGGCACAUCUCGUCGGACUUGACGACACGGUGGUCAAUAACAAUAACGAUGAUUGUACGAAAAGUACAAAGUACAGUAGUGAAUGAUGGACACUUAAUUAUUUCCAUCUCUUUUUAAGACUAAAAAAAUAACAGCUAAGCUUAUGCGUGUCAAUGCAAGAAUAUCAAGUCUUUCACUGGCUUCGAAUAUUUACACAAAUAUUUAUACACGUUACCUUUUUCAGAUAACUUUAUACAUAAAAGACGAAAAA